GCCGCUCAGUCACCACGCACACUCCACCCAGCGUCUUGGGUUGGAAGGUUUACCAGCCGGACGCCGGCAUUUUCAGUUCUUCCAGUGCGAAUCGGCUGUGGUCUUGGGGAGGAAGGAAAGGCUGAUCGCAGAAGGAAAUCCUAACAGGGAAAGGUCCUGGCUGCUUUUGUUUUUCCUUACCUGCCCCCAACAACGUUGACUUCCGGAGUCAGUCAUUUUGGUGUCAAGAAAUCCUACAACAGGUGACUAGGAGGCGGCCGUUCCACACACAGAUGAGCAGUUGGGAGCCGUUAACCCAGAACUCUCCUACCAGGGCCCAAGCUCCAAGAUGCUGAAGGCCAGACUUUGGAGCUUUUCGAAGUAGAUCGAGGUCUCUCUAGGAUGCAUGGAGAGAAGUAACAUUCUGCAAAUUGCUGUUGGAGACCCCGGGACCACAAACCCAUCUGGUUUCUAUUCCCUGUGUUGAAUGGCAUUUGCUUCAGCCAUUCAAGGAUUCUGAACGUGUAACGAGGGAUCCAGGCCGGGAAGAUGCUGAGUUCCAUCAAGUGUGUGCUGGUGGGAGACUCUGCCGUGGGGAAGACCUCCCUGUUGGUGCGCUUCACCUCAGAGACCUUCCCAGAGGCCUACAAGCCCACGGUGUAUGAGAACACGGGCGUGGAUGUCUUCAUGGAUGGCAUGCAGAUCAGCCUGGGUCUGUGGGACACAGCCGGCAAUGACGCCUUCAAAAGCAUCCGUCCCCUGUCCUACCAGCAGGCCGAUGUGGUGCUGAUGUGCUACUCUGUGGCCAACCAUAACUCUUUCCUGAACCUGAAGAACAAGUGGAUUGGCGAAAUCAGGAGCAACUUGCCCUGUACCCCCGUGCUGGUGGUGGCCACACAGACUGACCAGCGGGAGAUGGGGACCCACAGGGCCUCCUGCAUCAGUGCCAUCGAUGGGAAGAGACUGGCCCAGGAUGUGAGAGCAAAGGGCUAUCUGGAGUGCUCAGCCCUUAGCAACCGGGGCGUGCAGCAGGUGUUUGAGUGUGCCGUCCGAACUGCCGUCAACCAAGCUCGGAGACGCAACCGGAGGAAGCUCUUCUCCAUUAACGAGUGCAAGAUCUUCUAACCUCCGAGAGACUUCGCCCAACGCCCAUUUACUCACCCACCUCAAAGACUAAUGGGGACAGGGAGAGCCAACAGCAAGGGCUGAUGCUCUUUCUGGGUCCAUCCCGAGCAGGGUUUGCCUUUGGAUAUAGUUUGUUGAUGGGACUUGGUCACUGGAUGGUUUUAUUAAGAACAUUCUGCAAAUGAACUUCUCGUCCAGUCCAACUAAGCAGUCUCUUGAGAAGCUGUAAUGAAUAUUCUAUGUCCGGUUAAAAAAACUAAAAUGGUCUCUAUAACUUUGGACAGUGAAGUGAGUUUUCCAAAGAAUCCUAUAUUUAAAGACAUGUUUUAUUUAAAUGAUAACAAAAUGUAGAGCUCUUGUACAUAACUAGUUUUCAUGCUUGGGAAGUCUUUUCCUACAGACUCACAAACACACCCUGGUGUAUGUGUGAAAUGACCUUACAGGACUCUGCCGUAUGUUCGGAGUGUUCUUUUCACCUGAAGUAGUAACUUUGUUGAAGCCACUUGCCUACCUGAUUUUACGAGGUGACCAAAUUUUAAAAGGACUACCAACCGAUCCUUGCUAUUAGUUUCCCACCCUGCUGUUAACCAAUUUGUAUAUCAAAGACAUUUGAGAACAUAUGCUACUUUAAUACUGCCUAAUGAUUUUAAACAGUUAUCCGUCUGUUUUCCUGUAAUUAUAUAUAAAAAAAGCAUUUCUUAUUUAUGAUACUACCUUUCACUCAGCGAACUCCCAUUUUAUGCACUAAGUAUUCCUCUUUCAUUUACCAAAACAGAUGAAAGGAAAACCUUUUGGGUAGGGAAUCUGACUGCUCCAAGUAAUAGCAGCAGAGCUUGGAACAGGAUUUAAAAAUUUCACUUUCCUUUGAGAACGGCUGCACUUUGCCUGGGUUUUCCAACACUGGCUCCCGCCCGGUUGCAGGCCUUGGGGAUGAGACCAGGCUCAGCGUUCUGUAUGCUGGUAAUCUGGGGAAUUUGUUACUUGAGCUCUUAACUGACCUGGAAGGGCAACUAUAAUUUAUUAAUUUUAGGAUCUAAUCAGAGUAAUUACUAAGGUGUCUAUGUACAUAUGUGUGUGUGUAAGGGAACACAGGUACACCUUACAGCUUUUACCAUUUCAUCAAUGUGAAGCACCAGAGUAAAAUAAAACCAAAAAAAAACCCCUGAAAACCCCCACAAAUUCCAAGCACAGGGAACAGGAAAACUGUAUAGCAAAUUUUCAGAUAACAAAAUCUUAUCAGGGAAAGUACUGAAUAAUGACUCCCACCUCAAACUGCAUUCUAUCUAAAUAGUUUAAAAACAAUGGCAUCAAUCAUCUGUUAAAGUUGAGAACAGAAGACCGUGUUACUUGAGGAAGAAAUAGCAAAUGCUGGCACCGGAUACAUCAUUUACUCACCUAAUCCAAUAAGACUCAGGACCACUCUGGACCACGUUGAUUAAAGUGCAUCAUUGUUAUGUUAUAAUGUGACCAUUAGAUACAAAUGGUAAGGCACUUGGCGUAAAUGACUAUGAUUAAACUUAUGUUGACAUAACCAUGCCAAUUGUUCCGUUUCCUUAUGUGGUCAAGUCUUUAUAGCUAUAAUCCGUGUUAAAAUCAAAUGUGUGCUCAUCUCCACACUUUUUCUCUUCUCUCUCUCAUCUGCAUCCAGUAGAAGGUCCGGAACCUGGAUCUGAGACUUUGGGGCCGAGGGUCCCACAG